CACGGUUGUCACGGCUGUCACGACUGCGUCCUGUGCUGGGGACGGCUCCGUAUUGUGUGAGCCCGUCUGUGUGAUGGGUGAGUGGUUCUCCGGUGGUUCGUGGGUCUCGGGCUGCAGUACUUUUGAGGACUGGUAUCUAUAAAUAUAUUCUAUAUUUAUAACACACACAUCACAUAAUUUACAAAUCUGUUUAACUUUCUGGCACCAGUUGAUUUAAAUUUUUUUUCUUUUUUCACCUGAAUACCCCUUUAAUUCUGCCCACAAGUUUUUCAACAUGUCCUGUGUGACCUGUGGGAUCCCCUUUCCAUUGCAGUCCUCUGCUCUGAUGUAAACUCCAUCUAGCAGAACCUGAUGAAAUCUAACCAACCAAAAGAAGCAGCAGACAAUAAUGGCACGCCUGAGGUCUGGGAUUUGCAACUUCUUACACACUUUUUUGGUGACAGACAUAUUAUCAAUAUUAAUUUUGUUGUAUUAUUUAAGUAUUAAAUAUUUAUUUGAAUAUGAUAUUUUUAUUAUUUUGUUUACUUUAAAAAACAAACAAACAAACAAAAAAAAACAAUAAUAUUGUGAUAUAGUUCUGCCGCCCAGAAUAACAUGCACCAGUCUUCAUCAAGGACAACAAGAGUGGAGGGUGAUCCUGGUACUGUUGUGACAUGCAUUUUAGAGGGGGGCGUAAAUGUGACAUAAGGUCAGGGCGAGAGACAUGACAUAAUGUGGCAGGAUGAGCUCAUGCCGAAGGCUUCCAGGUCAUGUGCAACAAGGCUACACCUGUUGGUUUGGGAAUGUUGGGUCCCGAAUCUUCUGAAAGAGAGGUGGGUGGAGCUGUCCCUGGACGUUCCCUAUAAAGUACUCUGAGAUUUGGGGAUCUCACCAUCCUGUGAAUAACACCUCACUCCCUGGUAUAUCACAUACACACCAAGCAUUCAGCGCUCAAAUAUUUCUUAAAUUACAAUUCAGUUUUGGAAUAUUAGAAAUGGAGGACAACGUGAAAUGGGCCACCGAGAUUAUUGACCAAAAGUUGGAACUCGAGCAAGAGAAUGAGAUCAUGAAACCUCGCUUUCGGAAGAUUGGUGUGAUUGACAUAGACCGGAAUGUAUUCAACGAGAAUGAAGAGAACAUCCAACCCCCAGUCAAUCGGAACCUUGCAAAUUUGAAGGGUGAAGAGCGGGUGCGGAAGACAUCUGUGGAUUUGCGAAAAGAAAUAGUAGAUGUUGGCGGAAUACAAAACCUAAUUGAAAUUCGCAAAAGGAGACAAGAGCGCAAGAAGAGGAUGUCACAAGUGGUGGCACCAGAACCAAAGCCAGAAACAGAGGAGAUUACAGGACCGAUCAGCCCAGAGACAUUCCUUAAAGCCGCCGUUGAAGGAAAGAUGAAUAUAAUCGAGAGGUUCUUGGAAGACGGUGGUUCUCCAGACACUUGUGAUGAGUUCAAGCGGACGGCUCUCCAUAGAGCUUCCCUGGAGGGACACAUAGAAAUCAUCAAGAAACUCAUAGACUCUGGAUCCUCUGUCAACUUUUUGGAUCGGCUGGAUAGCACAGCCAUUCACUGGGCCUGUCGUGGCGGUAAACUGGAUGCUGUAAAGCUUCUUCAAGACAACAGAGCCGAAAUCAACGUGAAAGACAAGGUUCGCAGUACUCCUCUGCAUGUCGCUACCCGCACAGGCCAUGCAGACAUAGUGGAACAUCUCAUUGCCACUGGAGUGGAUAUAAACAGUAAAGACCGGGAAGGUGACACUGCCUUACAUGAUGCCGUCAGACUUAACAGAUAUAAAAUUAUCAAAAUGCUGAUAAUAUAUGGAGCCAACAUGAUGACAAAGAAUGGAGAUGGUAAGACCCCUACAGAUCUUGUGCAGCAGUGGCAGUCGGACACCCGGGAAGCAUUGGUGAAAAGAACAAACCUUGGCUCGGAGAAGCAAUUGUAAAGGGGAGACACGUCGCUGGCUUUCUUAUUUAUUGCCGAUGUGAACAUAGUAGAUUCCCCCCAUGUGAUGAUAGUGAAUACUUUAGAAUAUUAUUUUUGUAAAUGCAGAUUGUUGAUAUAGUGUACAAUGGUUUAUGUACAGUCAUUUAAUUUGUUAUAUAGGGUAAACUGUUGUAAAAA